AUGUGGGCCAGCUUGUGGUUCUGGGCCCUGGUGGCCGUCUGCACUGCGGACCAGUUCCGGGACACAGCGGAGAGGAUCAUGCAGAGCGCGCCUGUCAUUGACGGGCACAAUGACCUGCCCUGGCAGCUGCUGAAACUGUUCAACAAUCAGCUUCAGGACCCGAGGGCCAACCUGACCAGCCUGGCCCACACGCACACCAACAUCCCCAAGCUGAGGGCUGGCUUUGUGGGUGCCCAGGUAUGGCUGGAGCCCACGCCCUGCGACACCCAGAACAAGGAUGCCGUGAAGAGGACGCUGGAGCAGAUUGAUGUCAUCCACCGCAUGUGCCAGUUGUACCCCGAGACCUUCCUGUGCGUCACCGACAGCACAGGCAUCCGGCAGGCCUUCCGGGAGGGAAAGGUGGCCAGUCUGGUUGGCGUGGAGGGCGGCCACUCCAUCGACAGCAGCCUGGGCGUCCUGCGGGCGCUCUACCACCUGGGCAUGCGGUACCUGACUCUCACCCACAGCUGCAACACGCCCUGGGCCGACAACUGGCUGGUGGACACGGGAGAGGAUGAGGCCCGCAGCCAAGGCCUGUCACUCUUUGGGCAGAGUGUCGUGAAGGAGAUGAACCGACUGGGCAUCAUCAUCGAUUUGGCCCACGCGUCCAUGGCCACCAUGAAGGCCGUGCUGCAGCUGUCCCAGGCCCCCGUGGUCUUCAGCCACUCCUCGGCCUACAGCGUGUGCCCGCACCGGCGCAACGUGCCCGACGACGUGCUCCAGCUGGUGAAGCAGACAGGCAGCCUGGUGAUGGUGAAUUUCUACAGUGACUACGUUUCCUGCAAAGCGGAGGCCAACUUGUCCCAAGUGGCAGAUCACCUGGACCACAUCAAGAAGGUGGCGGGGGCCGGAGCCGUGGGCUUGGGUGGGGACUACGAUGGUGUGUCCAGGCUCCCCUCGGGGCUUAAGGACGUGUCCAAGUAUCCAGACCUGGCCGCCGAGCUGCUGAGGAGACAGUGGACUGAGGCAGAGGUCAAGGGCGCCCUGGCAGACAACCUGCUGAGGGUCUUCGAGGCGGUGGAGCAGGCGAGCAGUCACACGCAGGCUCCCGGCGAGGCGCCCAUCCCAUUGGGCCAGCUGGAGGCCUCCUGCAGGACCAGCUACGGCUACUCAGGGGCCCCCAGCCUCCACCUCCAGCCGGGGGCCCUGCUGGCCUCCCUUGCACUCCUCGUCCUCUGCCCGUGUCGCCUCUGA